UAUAAUUUAACUCAGACUCACCUUCUCAUUGCUCCAACCCCCAAAAUUUGUCUUUCACAUUUUCUCUUGUUUUCCUUCACUUUCUUCUCUUUUCUUGGAAAAUUCAACUCCAAGAGUUUGCUACCAGUACUAGUCUUAUCUCUUUGUUUCUAUACAUAUGUUCUUUUUCUUUCUUUGUGCCAAAACUACAUAGAAAAAGAAAAAGAAAAGGGAGCUUAAUCCUCUUCUGGAUUGAAGAAAAUGGAAGGAGGGAUACAUCCUGGAACAGAUGCAUCUGCUUUUAGAGAAUGUUUCUCUCUUGCUUGGAAGAAUCCUUAUGUUCUUCGUCUUGCUUUUUCUGCUGGCAUUGGCGGCCUUCUCUUUGGCUAUGACACUGGAGUGAUUUCUGGUGCCCUUCUUUACAUAAGAGAUGAUUUCAAGUCCGUGGAUAGGGAAACUGUAUUGCAGGAGAGCAUAGUGAGUAUGGCUGUUGCUGGAGCAAUAAUUGGAGCGGCAAUUGGUGGAUGGUUAAAUGAUCGGUAUGGAAGGAGAAGUGCAAUUCUUGUUGCAGAUUUCCUAUUUUUCAUAGGAGCAGUAGUGAUGGCUGCCUCUCCUGGCCCUGCUAUGUUAAUCAUUGGUCGAGUUUUUGUUGGACUUGGCGUUGGAAUGGCAUCCAUGACUGCCCCUCUUUACAUUUCAGAGGCUUCUCCGGCGAAAAUUAGAGGUGCUCUUGUUAGUACUAAUGGGUUUCUUAUUACUGGUGGCCAGUUUCUUUCUUAUCUCAUCAACUUGGCCUUUACUAAGGCGCCAGAGACAUGGCGAUGGAUGCUUGGCGUUGCAGGUGUCCCAGCUCUUCUACAGUUCAUUCUGAUGCUAUUACUUCCUGAAUCGCCUCGUUGGUUAUACAGAAAGGGAAGGGAAGAAGAAGCUAAAGCCAUAUUGAGGAAAAUAUACCCAGCUGAAGAUGUUGAAACAGAAAUCAGAGAUUUAAAGGAAUCAAUCGACAAAGAAAUUCUAGAAGAAGGAAAUUCUGAGAAGAUUAACCUUAUUAAACUAUGCAAAACCAAAACAGUGAGAAGAGGACUAAUUGCUGGUGUUGGCCUUCAGGUUUUCCAGCAGUUUGUAGGAAUUAACACAGUUAUGUAUUACAGUCCCACCAUAGUUCAAUUGGCCGGUUUCGCGUCUAACCAAACUGCUUUACUGCUCUCACUUGUUACUGCUGGACUCAAUGCAUUAGGUUCUGUUGUGAGUAUAUACUUCAUUGACAGGACAGGAAGGAAGAAACUUCUGAUAAUCAGUUUGAUUGGCGUGAUACUUUCGCUUGGUCUCUUAUCAGGAAUUUUCCACGAAACUACAACUCACUCGCCAAUGGUUAAACCAACUGAAGUUCGCUUUGGAAAUUAUACCUGUCCUGAUUACAGUUCGGCUACAAAUGCUGCUUCUUGGGAUUGCAUGAAGUGCUUGAAGGCUCAUCCUGAAUGUGGGUUUUGUGCUUCAGCUUCUGAUAAGCUAUUGCCUGGAGUAUGUUUGAUCUCAAAUGACACAGUGAAGGAUUUGUGUCACAACGAUCACAGAGAAUGGUAUACAAGGGGAUGUCCAAGCAAAUAUGGAUGGGUGGCACUAAUUGGCUUAGCUCUCUACAUUAUAUUCUUCUCUCCUGGAAUGGGUACCGUGCCGUGGAUCGUUAAUUCUGAGAUUUACCCUCUAAGAUUCAGAGGAGUCUGUGGAGGAAUAGCUGCAACAGCAAACUGGAUUUCAAAUCUUAUAGUUGCUCAGUCUUUCUUGUCUCUUACACAAGCUAUAGGGACAUCAUGGACAUUCUUAAUCUUUGGUGUUAUAUCUGUAGUAGCAUUGGUCUUUGUUUUAAUCUGUGUGCCUGAAACUAAAGGGCUACCGAUCGAGGAAGUUGAGAAAAUGCUGGAGCUCCGAUCUCUGCAAAUCAAGUUCUGGGAAGAGAGGCCUAAACCAUUUGAGAAAAAGCCAGAAGUUUGAAAUUUGAUUAGCAGUAGGACAUAAUUAUACAUAAUGAAUUUAUUAGGGGACCCUGCAAAUUUAAGAAUGGGGUUUCCUAAUAUUAUAGCUAAUUCAAAAUGGCGGUUUCUUGAGUCUUCGUCAGUAGAUGAUUGUCCAUAUAGUUUCCUCCAUUAUUAUUGAAAUGAGGAACUUAUUUAUGUAAGUAGAAGGAAUAAUAUAAAGCUCCAUAGUUAUAUAAUCUUUCUCA